AUGGUUAAUUAUAAUAAGAGUCAAUCAAGGAAAUACAACACAAAUAAAGUUACAGAAGAAACAUGUACACCUCCUCCAAUGCUUUAUUUUAGAGCUCAAGAAAAGCAAACACAAAUAAACUGCUGCAUAAAGAAGGGGCUGAGCCAACCAAGCAGUGAGAAUGCAAAGAAUGCAACUAGUUCACCACAGAGUAACUUAUUGGUAGAUCAGCCUUUAAGUAACAAUCUUCAAGUCCAUUACACAGCUUACAAGGAGAAAUUACCAGAGAAGCUUGAAACAGUUGGUGCAUUUCAAAAGCUGCCCAUGGUGAUGCAAUCUUUUGAUAUUCUUUACUCAGCAAUAAAGAAGGCCAAGAGAGUUUCUCCAACUAAGGGCAUUGCCAACAUUGCAAAGCGAGAGAGAAAUAGCGGUGCAAAGCAGCUUGAUGCGCUGAUGAAAGAAUUGGUAGCUCCUUUGAGGACUUACAUGGAGAGUUUUCCAAAGAGACAUACUAUUCAUCCAUAUGAGCGAUCUCUUAUUGAAUUGACACUUGGAGAUGGAAAUUAUCAUUAUAUUAUAUCAAGAAUUAUUGUUAUAAGGUGUUUAUGUGCUGAGACGAACUUCAAAGAAACUUUUUUGGCAACAGUUUGCAAGAGGUCUAUAUUGAGAUGCAUUUCUUUGGCGCAAUACUAGACAACAUUGGUAGUUGAAGUUUUUAGAAUAAAAAAUAUGUUUCACUAACUUUGUAUACAUUUCUUGUUUAAUAUUUGGUGAUAAUAGAAUUUGAUUGUAGUAUAAACUAUCAUGUAAUAUGAUUUUGUAAGCCGAGUAGACUAAAUAUUGAAAUUA